CGGGACAAAGCGGUGAGGGCGGCGGUUGUAUUUCGCGCGCGCGCGCGCGGGGCCGGUCCGCGAUUUGAACUAAAGAUGGCGGCGCGAGGUCGCAGGAGCAUCAGUGUCUCCAAGAGUGCUACCAACCUACUUAGUGGCAAACACCUGCGAUUUGAGUCUGAUCAGAACUCUGCUAGUGGUGAUUCAACGUUGUUUUCCCAACAGAAGCUGACACAAUCAACUGCUUUUACUGAAGAUGGCAAAGACCCAAGCACAUUGCUUAAGAGUUUUAAAAGUACGCCGGAUCUAAGUCAAUCUACGCAUUCAUCUAUUGCAACCGUGACAUCACUUGGGGCAUCUGGUCGGGGGCCACAUCCAACACGCAGUCCAGCCAAGCCCAGGGUGUGCCAGCGUGGCCUGUUCCAGCGCCUCGUGCAGCGAGAUGGUACUAACUCCACAAACUCCUCUCGCACAAAGUCAUCUGCAGAAGACAGUGAAGGAUCAAGAUUAGCGUCAUCUUUGGAGGAAACUAUCACAAAACUGAAGUCAAAGGGCCCACGAGAGGUUCCCUCUAGAUUUAUGGAAUCGGCAACCACAGAAAAGAAAAUGCACAGCAAAGCUUCUGUGACAAGUUCAGGAUUUGGGCUGAAAAAACUGAACAAAGCGAGAAAGACUCUGAAGCUGCACUCUACGGGGCUUGAGGAAAGUAUGCUGCCUCCAAACUGGGAUCUGUCCUUUGUACAGAGUGAAUCUACAGAAAUUAGAAACCCAGAAAAUACAAUGUCCAUAUUGGAAACCUCGCUCUGUCCCAUGUCUGAAGCAGAUGCAAUUGAGCAGCUGGAGUUUGACGCAAUCCUCUACAUGUACAUGGCUGUCAUGAGGGAGGAGAAUUUGGUUAAAUACCAGGACAAGGCGGAGCGGAACUUGCUGCUGAUCGAAGAGGAAAAUGAGCUCCUGAGACGGGAAGUGUUCCAUCCCAAACAAGAUCAGCUCCUACGGGAAAAAGAGAGGCAGCUUUGUGAACUGAUGGAUCAGCAAAUGGAGAUUCUGCGCGAGGUGGUGAGGCAGGUCCAGCUGUUCGGAGGCCAGUACAAAGCCUUGGGACAGGCCCUCGAUGUCACUCGUCACAGCCUUCAGACUAAGAACAUUUUAAUCCCUGGAGGCACAAGGGAGUAUUUGGAGCAAUUAAAGUCUUUCCUGAAGGUGACAAAGGGGAUUCUAGACGGAUUUGGACUGGGAACCAGCACUGAGAAUCACGAGGCCUUGGCUGGGAUUAAGGAUCUUAGAGAGCUUGCGACAAAGACUGAGGUCAAGAUCAAGAGUUACCUUACGGAGGUGGAGGCAAUGGCCUCUUGGGUCAGCAGGGAGUCUGCUCUGCUGCACCAGGAAGUGGACGAGCAAGACUUGGGAAUGGAAGCACUGGCUGGAUGGAUUUUUAAGUAACGUGCUUAUCUUUUUAAAAGCACUAUUGUAAAUUAUAUGUAUAAUAAAAUUUGACACUUCAAACAA